AUGGCAUCUACAAGUACUCUCACUCCCGCGCUUCCACCGACUGCAAACUUGAAACAUGAUUUCACACUCGCACGAUUGUUGUGUUCGUACGUUUAUGCUGCUUUCAGUGCACUGUUCACAAAGCUGUCUUCAUUGUUUUGCAGCAUUGGACGCAGUCCUGGACCACAAAUACCUUGGCCAAAAAGGAGAGUAGGGGAUACUGAUGAUUAUGAAGAAUUGUACUUUCCGCUCAGUGAUACGAUCACGAUUGUGACAGGUGCCAAUUCUGGAGUGGGUUACGAGAUUGCAAAAGCGCAUUUUCGAAAAGGAUCAACAGUAAUAUUAGCAUGCAGAGAUCUUGAGCGUGGAGAUAAUGCUGUUCGGACAAUACUGCAAGAAGAAGGCUUGCCUGAAUCUGAUGUAGAGAAUGAAUGCUUACAAGUACUGGUAUGUGAUACGUCAUCGCUUGAAAGUGUGAGAGCUUUCGCACGAUGCUUCAAAGCAGUUUUCAAAGGCAAAAAAAUUGAUUUCCUGUUUCUCAAUGCUGGCAUUUGUCAAAAGCCAUACAACAUCGAUCGAUUCACUUCGGAGGGCUUGGAGUACAUGUAUGCUACCAACUUCCUCGGUCACUUCCUGCUCACAGGACUACUUUCCUCAUCUUUCUCAAAGGAUGUUCGAAUUAUUUCAACUUCAGCUUUGGCUGCAUCACAUGCAACUUUCGAUCCGCAAUUGCUGGCUCGUAGACCGAACAAUCAUGAGCAAACGCUCGAAGUAGGAUUUCAUACCGUCAAGCGACAUCCUAUCCUUGCCCGUAUCUUCUCUUUGACUCCAUUGGACGUCUUUCAUAUUUAUGGGCAAGGAAAAGCAAUGCAAAUCGCUUUCAGUAAUACUUUGCAAAACCGAUUUGAUCAAAGUGCAAGAUCCAAAAACGCAACAAAUCAUAAAUUCACUGCAGCAUUUCAUCCAGGUGUAGUUGCAACAAAUAUCUUUAAAGGCUUUUAUACUCCCGAUCAAAAACAUGGAGCUCAAACAGGUUUAUGGCUCGCACAUACAUUUGAUGCACGUCCAGGAGCAUUUUAUGAUCGUGCAAAAGAGCUUACUUUGCCUUGGUAUAAAUCGUACGAUCAGCAACUUGCAGAUCGAUUGUGGCAAAGAUGGAAUAAUGAUGCCGGACUCAAGGAAUCUGACUGGCACUUUUGAGGCGAGAUACAUUGCAUUGUGUUCCUGAUUUACAGCAAGAGCCUAUCGAUCAUCCCUACUUGUUUCUUUUGCAUAGCCAUAUGAAUUGCCCACAGCCUAUUCAAUAAUGAUAGUAACAUGUCUCUCACAUUGAUUAAACGUC